AACACACAAUCGCCACCAGUUGAGAUCUUCCUGUCACGUUUGUGUUUGUCAGAUGACCAGACGGAGAGAUAAAGAGAAAUGAAGUUUUAAGUUUUAAAACCUCUGUACUUAAAGAGUUAUGGAGUGUGUAUAUUUAAAAUGUUGCCUGUUGUGUCUGACAGCUUUGGUUGUGGUUUCAUCAGGAGGGAAGAUGAAGAUUGUGGAGGAACCAAAUACAUUUGGGUUGAAUAAUCAGUUUGUGGCUCAAAGUAAUCAAAUGCAGGCAAAAAUCAGCCCAUCUCCAGUGUCUGGACCGCCACAUCUGCACAGACUGGCAGGGAAAUGCUACAACUACACUGAGGCCACAUAUAAAUACGUGUUCUGUCCGUUUCAUAAUGUGACCCAGCAUGAGCAGACUUUCAGAUGGAAUGCCUACAGUGGAAUAUUGGGUAUUUGGCAGGAAUGGGAGAUUCAGAAUAACACAUUCACCGGCAUGUGGAUGAGAGAGGGAGAUUCAUGUGGAAACAAGAACAGACAGACCAAGGUGCUCCUGGUCUGUGGGAGUAGCAGUAAACUAUCAAGUGUUUCGGAACCACAGACGUGUGUUUAUUCACUGACAUUUGAGACUCCACUUGUUUGCCACUCGCACUCCCUCUUGGUGUAUCCAGUUUUGAGUGAAAAGCUGCAGAAGGAAUGGGAUGAGAUUGAGCAAGCUCGAUAUGAAGAGCUCAUCACUGAGCAGGGUUAUAAUAAACUGCUGAAGGACUUGUUCGAAGAGGCUGGUCUCCUGAGAAGGUCUCAACAGCAGAAAGUAGAGGAGAGCACGACAUCACUCACACAUCAGAGUCUGGAGCAGUGUACACAGGACAUUGAUAAGCAGAAAGCUGAGCUCGAACGGCUACGAUCACUCCUCACACAGCAUAACAUCUCCUAUGACACAACAGCAGACAGGACACAGGAUCAUGGUAAUCCAGAUCCCUCACCCCUCCAGAACCAGCACCUCCGCGGUGACACCGGCUUGAUCGCUGAUCUUAAAUAAGAUGUCGAAUUUCAGAAACCUUAUUCCCAGGGAUCACAAUAUGGAUAACAGGCACAACUUUUCUGAACAAUCAUGAAAAUAAAUUACUGUGAAAUAAUAUUUUUAAGUUGACUUGAUUAAGUUUGAAUUGUAUUGUGCAAAAUAAAGGUUUUAUGGCAAGU